AGCCCGCAUGCAGCAAUGAAGACCCAGUGCAACCAAAAAACAAAUAAAUGUAAAAAGUCAACGAGAUGACAAGAUAAUAGAUAAGAUAAAUCAAACUGUGUAUCACUGAAAAUAUCCAGAAGUUUGUCUUUUCUUGGGGGCUGCAGUCUGCUUAGGUGAGGCUAGAAGGAAAUAGGAGAAAACACAUUGUUUUGGUCAAUCAUUCCUAACUGGAUAUGCAUAAAGAAAUAUCUAACAAAAGCAUGCUGACCAAGGCCAAAGUUAGAUAGGAUAUUCCCCAAUUGCUUUUUAAAAUACAGUUUUUAGUUUGGAAAAAUUUUAGAUUUCCUGCAAAGUUGCAAAGACAGUAUAGAGUGUGACCACCUACCCACUGUCCCCAGCGCCUCCAGUGUUAAUGUCCAUGUUGAAAGUUACUCAUGUUAAUAACCGUGGUUCACUUGUCAAAACAGAGAAAGUCACAGUAGGACAUGACUACAUGGUAAACGCCAGGAUUCCAGUUUCUCUGAUGUUUUCUCCUGACGGGGACUGGGUUUGGGGUUUGGAGAAGGAGAACACAGAGUGGUGUGUCCUUCCCAACCCAUUCAUCACAUCAGGGUUACAUAAUGCGAAUGUGACGGACCCCUCCUGAGAUGACCUUGACCACCUGAUAGGCUCUCCUGCCAGGCUCCCCCAGUCUUACGUGAUCUUCUCCUUCCACAGUCUCUUCUUUGAAAGCAACUCACUUUCCUUUAAACUGAAAUAAUUAAGCUCCAGCUCCUGGAUCGGGAGUAUCCACAAAUACCGAUUGGAAUUCUUCUGCUCAGAAACAUGUCUGUUUUCUCGAAUGUAUUUAUAUGUUCAGUCACUUACUGAUUUCAGCAGAACAUGAGGAAGUGAACUGGUGAACUUAUCCAGAUCACAUAUGAAAACCACCUUUCCAUAACAUAGCUUUUGAGGCGUUUGUGGUUGGCCUGUUGUUGUUAAUUUAAUUAAUUUUUAUGGGAGUAUAGUUUUUCUACAAUGUUGUAUUAGUUUCUGCUGUGCAGCAAAGUGAAUCAGUCAUAUGUAUGCAUAUUGGGGGAGGUUUAUGGUUGUUUCAACAAAUGCUUCUAAGGUAUCCUGACAUUAGCAAUCAUAGCAGUGGGACGAUACGGAUGGAUGCAUAGCCCCCUAAUUACACGUUGUCCUAAAGAGAGGCAUCGCACUCCCUCUCUCCCAAGGGGGAGGGUUAAACUGGACAGUUCAGGUCUUCCUCUCCACCCAGGUGUCCGUGGGCUGCCUUGAGAGGAGCACAGGCACAUCUUUGCUUCUGCCACGCCUCACCGAUCAAGAAGUUAUCGGGCUGGAGAAAUUUAUAAAUGUGGGUGCUUGCUGCUCCUUCCUCGUGGUCACUGUGCUGAUCUCUCGAGACCUGCAAGUCAUGAGGACGUCCCUGUUUCUCUUUGCUGUCUUCUUCUUUCUGGCCCCAGCCAGGAGUGGAUUUUUUGAUGAGAAGUGCUACAAGCUUAAAGGGAAAUGCAUCGAGUCUUGUCAGAUAAAUGAAGAACUUAUAGGUCUCUGCCAGAAGUCUCUGAAAUGCUGUGUGGCACUCCAACCAUGUCGGAUAAAUAAGGAAGGCAGUUAAGAUCCCAGAGCAACACGGAUGACCCAGCUCCAUCUUGCUUUUACUCUGGCUUCCAGUAAGAAGACACUUUAAUAAAAAUAAAUCACUGUCUUUGA